AUGUGGUCGCCCUGGGCAGCGGCAGGAUUCGGGGGGCCCGGCGCCUCCUCACUGCUGCCGCUGCUGCUGCCGCUGCUGCUACCGCCUUCGCAGGGCUGGAGUUGCGGGGGCCUGACCUGCGGGGACAAGGAGCGCUGCUGCGACUUCGGCAAUGUCACGUACACGGAGGUCAAGUGCUGCAAGCUGCCCUUUCACACGUUCCUGGACAACGUGGGCUGGUUCGUGAGGAAGCUCUCGGGGCUCCUCAUCCUGCUCGUGCUCUUCGCCAUUGGCUACUUCCUGCAGAGGAUCAUCUGCCCGAGCCCCCGCAGGUACAACCGGCGCCAGCCGGCCCAGCCGCAGCAGCAGCAGCAGCCCCCCCAGCAGCUGGCGGCCGCUCCGGGAGGCCGGCGACCGCAGCCGGACGACGCCCCGGCGCUGCUCCACGAGACUGCUGCCACGUCUCAGGACUCGUUGCUGGACAGCAGCAGCAGCAGCGGACGCUGGGGCGCCUCGUCCGAGCACGAGCUGCACGCCGUGUCCUCACCCCUCUUCCUGCAGCUACCCAGCUACGAGGAGGUCAAAUACCUGCCCACCUACGAGGAGUCCAUCCUGCUGCAGGAGCAGCCGCCGCCCAGCCCCAAGGACUUCGUCUUGCCCGUGGCCGUACUGGACCAGCCCCGAGGGGGCGACCCGGGCCGUGCCCAGGGAAGAUACCCGCUCAUCUGAGCACCCGGACUCUGGACCUGCGAACUGUCCCUCCCCGCCUCCGGGCCAAGCCUAGCCCGUGCCAAAGUCCCUUGCUUUGGCUGAGGCGGUAAAGGCUAGAGACCCCCUUCCUCGGCUGGUGCCGAGUAAGAUGCCGGGGCAGAGGGCGUCCAGAGAUCUAGGAGCUGCCCACCACCACCACCACCCCCAACGGCUACAGCACUAGAGGAGGCGAGGGGCGUCCAGAAACCUAGUGACUGCUCCCACACACAACGGCUGCUGCUCUAGAAAGGGCAAGGUACCAGGGCGAGAGACGUGCAGAGACCUAGCUGUCCCCCGCCCCACCCAGUGACUAUUACUCUGGGGGGCAAGAUGCCAGGGCGAGGGGCGGCCUGGGAGUUGUCCCCAUCCCCAUCCCCGCAGCAGCUGCUUAGGGGAGCAAUGUGACUGAGGGGUUAUCAAAAAUUCCCGCCGCCUCUGCUUUCUUUACUAACCCCAGCUUUACACCUUAGUUUUCCUGCUCCACCUUACAGAGACACGCGUGACGUGAAAGGAUUGGCGAAGGGGGAGCACCCCCACCCCUUCCCUGGGAUCUGAAGUUUCCCCGAUUUCAUUCUGUCCAGUGAAUAGAUCUUUAACACCAUCAGUGUGGCCCAGGACCUCGGAGAGCAGCUCUGAGAACGACCCACUUCCCUUAAGCCUUUACUAUUAAUUGUAUUUAUCGUAAGUGCCUGGUUACUACAGCAUCACAGUGUCAAGUUAAAAGACCUGAAUCUCCUCACAGCCUUGCAGAGCUUUCCUACAGGACCGAAGAAGAAAGGGAUGGAAUGAAUGUCUCCCUACCUCCUCCCCCAAACCCCACCUCCAAGAUUUAAAUCUGGGUUUAGGAUUGCAGGGUGAUGAGUGACUAGUCUUCUCUGUGAGUAAAUCCUUCUCUGCCAGGAUGCAAAAGUUUUUUCUAAAAAUGGUGUCUUUAGUAAAUCAUGUCAAAUUAGCUAAUGUUGCUAGCCAGAAGAGGGCGGGGUGGAAGGAGGGAAGAAAUGAAAGAAAAAAGCCUAAGGAGACAGAAGAGAAAGAAAG